AUGGGACCGACGCUGGCUGCUGCUGCUGCUUCCCCAUUGACCCCUUCCCCUUUCUUCCCCACACAACAAGCCCCUCCUCCCCCCCACCUCCCCCCCUGCUCUUCUCCAAUUCAAGCCCUGUGGGCCAUCCAGCAGUGGGAUCGCUGCUGGCUACUACUCCAACGUCGCAAGUGCUCCCUCUGUUCCGCAUACGAGCGGCCGCGAGUGGACGAGGACGAGGAGGCGGAGCGGCAGCUCGCCAUGCAAGGCGUCCUGCACGCGCUCCACUGUGCGCUCUCCGAGCCCGCUGUACAGGACGUAGACGCCAAGUUCAACCUGCAGUUUCCGCCAGAGGAGGCGGUGGCGGAGGAGGGCGGGAGGGGAGGGGCGGGGGCGGUGCAGAGGCGGCCUCGGAAGCGGUCCAUGUACUCGGUGUGCCGGAGGGCGGGGUUGAAGGGCGUGGUGAAGCGCAUUGGGCUGUCGGCGUUCCAGCUGGGGGAGAACCUCAUCUCCAUGUAUAAGCUGGGGGAGAACCUCAUCUCCAUGUACAAGGGUGUUGGGCUCAAGGGAGUGGUGAAGCGCAUUGGGCUGUCGGCGUUCCAGCUGGGGGAGAAUCUGAUCUCCAUGUACAAGCAACACGAGGUGGAGGACACGGCGCUAUCACCGGACGAGGUGGCAACGGAGUACAUCUGUGCUGAGUUCCCCUCGCCUGCCCUUGUUCUCAGAGGCGCUCGCCACAUGGCGGAGGUGGAGAUAAGCAUAGAGCCCAAGGCGGAGGUGGAGAUAAGCAUAGAGCCCAAGGUGCGAGAGCACGUGAGGGAGAUCUUCAACAAGCGUGCCAUCGUUUCCACCAACCCCACCCCGCGCGGUCGCCAGGUGAUCGAUACAUUCCACCGCUUUGCGGGCAUUGAGCGCCUCAAGGACAAGCCAGUGGGCGAGUUCAGAGACGACCAGUGGCUGCUGAUUGCCAAGGCUGAGUCUCAGGGGCUCGUGAAGGUGGAGGUGGGGCUGCCGCCUGCUGUCGUGCAGGAGAACGUCAUCCAGGUGGGUGCAGAGGGGUGCAGGGGAAUUGCGGUUGAGGUAAGGGGGAAUGGCGGAGAAGCCAAGCCGGUGGGCGAGUUCCGCGACGAGACGGCCUUUGAGGCGCCUCAAGGGAGUUCAGAGACGACCAGUAAGGCAGCAGUGGGACAUGAUGCACUGGCAUGCACACAUGGCACAUCCUACCUCUUUAUGGAACAAUCAGGGCCGUUCAAAUUAGCAGCCUCGUCUCCCUGUUUUCCUGCUUCUCCUCUCCAUGCCAUUCCUCCCCUGCAUUCUCUCCCUCCCCCGCAUCAUCUCAGGAGUUUAAGGCAGCCUACCUUUCAAACGGUGUCUACCAUUUCGCCUUGCUCAUCUCAUAACGACCUUGUCACCUUCGUUUCCCCGUGCUUCCACGCCCGCUUCCCCAUUCCUGCUUCCCCUCGCUCUCUCCCUCCCGUGCCUGCCUCCUCUCAGGAGUUUGAAGCAGCCUAUCUCUCAGACGGCGUCUCCCACUUCGCCUCGCUGUGGAACGAGCAGCGCCGCACCAUCCUCCGGGCGGCGAUCGCCGCCCGGCUGCUGCCGACGAUGCACAAGGAGACGCGCCUGCUGCUCACCGGCCGCGCCAAGGCAUUCGUGGCAGAGCAGUGCGCCCUCUCCCUCUGGAAACACGUCUCCGUCGCCCCCUUUGACGUCCGUGCGAAGGGGGCCGGGGGCGGCGGAGGGGGCGGGAUGGGGGGAGGCGGGGGAGGGGGCAUGCGGGGCGGCGGAGGGAGGGGCGGGAGGCAUGGGGGAGGGGAGGAGCACGGGGGAGGGGGGCAGCCGUGGCUGAGAGUGAUGGCGUGCUGCUGGGGGCCGGGGAACCCCGCAACCACCUUUGCAAUGCUGAACGCCGCGGGGGAGAUGGUGGAUUUUCUCCAUACUGGCUUCCUCUGUGCGCGCACAGGCCAGCCUAAAGGGGACGCCGCUGCCCUAGGUGGGGGCGCAGGGGGGAGCAUGGGGGGAGGAGGGGGAGCGGGGGGGGGGGGAGGGGGAGGGGGAGGGGGGGAGCAGCAGGUGAUGGUGAUGAAGAAGCGGGAGGACGAGCGGCGGCUGAUGGCGUUUGUGAAGGAGCACAAGCCGCACGUGGUGGUGGUGGGCGGGGCUAACCUCGCUUGCGAGCGACUGAAGGAUGAAAUCUGGGAGGUGUGUGUGGUUGGGGCAUGGGGUGAGUGGAGUGGGGCAUGCGCUAAUGGGAGGUGCGUGGGCUGCUGGGCUAGUGACUGGGGCGCACGUGGACCGCAUGUGCGUAUUGGGAUAUGUGCAUGUGGGUGCAACAGUCAGUGCAGACUGCUCUCCAGUCUCCAUCACAUCUGCGCGUCUCUCUCUGGUCCUCCUGUGCCACUUUCUUCUCCUCCCUCAACCCUUCCUCCGUCCUCCUGUGCCACUUGCUUCUCCUCCCUCAACCCUUCCUCCGUCCUCCUGUGCCACUUGCUUCUCCUCCCUCAACCCUUCCUCCGUCCUCCUGUGCCACUUGCUUCUCCUCCCACAACCCUUCCUCCGUCCUCCUGUGCCACUUGCUUCUCCUCCCUCAACCCUUCCUCCGUCCUCCUGUGCCACUUGCUUCUCCUCCCACAACCCUUCCUCCGUCCUCCUGUGCCACUUGCUUCUCCUCCCUCAACCCUUCCUCCGUCCUCCUGUGCCACUUGCUUCUCCUCCCACAACCCUUCCUCCGUCCUCCUGUGCCACUUGCUUCUCCUCCCUCAACCCUUCCUCCGUCCUCCUGUGCCACUUGCUUCUCCUCCCUCAACCCUUCCUCCGUCCUCCUGUGCCACUUGCUUCUCCUCCCACAACCCUUCCUCCGUCCUCCUGUGCCACUUGCUUCUCCUCCCACAACCCUUCCUCCGUCCUCCUGUGCCACUUGCUUCUCCUCCCUCAACCCUUCCUCCGUCCUCCUGUGCCACUUGCUUCUCCUCCCUCAACCCUUCCUCCGUCCUCCUGUGCCACUUGCUUCUCCGUCAACCCUUCCUCCGUCCUCCUGUGCCACUUGCUUCUCCUCCCACAACCCUUCCUCCGUCCUCCUGUGCCACUUGCUUCUCCUCCCUCAACCCUUCCUCCGUCCUCCUGUGCCACUUGCUUCUCCUCCCUCAACCCUUCCUCCGUCCUCCUGUGCCACUUGCUUCUCCUCCCACAACCCUUCCUCCGUCCUCCUGUGCCACUUGCUUCUCCUCCCACAACCCUUCCUCCGUCCUCCUGUGCCACUUGCUUCUCCUCCCACAACCCUUCCUCCGUCCUCCUGUGCCACUUGCUUCUCCUCCCACAACCCUUCCUCCGUCCUCCUGUGCCACUUGCUUCUCCUCCCUCAACCCUUCCUCCGUCCUCCUGUGCCACUUGCUUCUCCUCCCACAACCCUUCCUCCGUCCUCCUGUGCCACUUGCUUCUCCUCCCUCAACCCUUCCUCCGUCCUCCUGUGCCACUUGCUUCUCCUCCCACAACCCUUCCUCCGUCCUCCUGUGCCACUUGCUUCUCCUCCCACAACCCUUCCUCCGUCCUCCUGUGCCACUUGCUUCUCCUCCCUCAACCCUUCCUCCGUCCUCCUGUGCCACUUGCUUCUCCCUCAACCCUUCCUCUGGCAUUGCUGGUUUGCUUACGCGUUUAACUCAACUCCAUGCGUCGUCCCAUCCGUCCCGUCCCCCACCUCCUCCCCCCCCACCAGGUGAUAUUCAAGAUUGUCGAGCACUUCCCCCGAGACCUCAGCCCUCCCUGUGGCAUGGGAACCCUCUACUUGUGAUCUUCAAGAUCGUCAAGCACUUCCCCCGCGACCUCACCUCCGAUGUCGACAACGUCCGCGUGAGUGCCCUGCUGCUGCCACUACCAUACGUAGUGUUUCAAGACGAGACACUCGCUCUGCUCUACGAGAAUUCCGCCAUUUCCCAAGAGCACCUGCCCUCGCAGCCAGGCAAGCACUCGCACGCACCCCACAGCAUAGUACGGCGCACGGUAGGGCUCGGGCGCUACAUGCAGAACCGCCUGGCGCUGGCGGCGUGUCUGUUUGGGCCGGCAAGGGAGGUGCUAUCUGCCAAGUUCCACCGCUUGCAGGACCUGCUGCCGCCCGAUGACGUGUACGACGCACUUGAGCGCGUCAUGGUCACCGUUACUAAUCAGGUGGGAGUGGAUGUGAACUACGCGGCACAGGAGGUGGGAGUGGAUGUGAACUACGCGGCACAGGAGGCGCAGGAUUGGCUCUUUGCGCCGCUGCAGUUUGUGUGCGGCCUCAGACCCAGAAAGGCCUCCACGCUCAAAGUGAGUGAUGAGCCUCCUUGCCUCUCACCCUCAUCUCAUCCAUGUCUGAUACGCCUUUUGCCCCUUCACUCUCCCUCACCACUCCUGCUUUCUCUCCGACUUUGCCCCUCCUCCUCUCUGUCUCCCCCCUUGCCUCGCAUGCUCCUUUCUUUGACCGCCCAUCAUCGAUGUUCCCCUUGCCUCGCUCCCUCGCCCCUCACCCCCUCCCGCUCGCCCCUCGCCAUCGAAUUGGGUGCGCAUACUGGGAGAGGGCGUGGUGAGGCGGCGCAAGGACCUCAUCGACCCGCCCUUCCUGCUCGACCAGGUUCGUCACCCGCCCUAGCCUGCCUUGCUGCUCCGCCCCCCAACUGCCAUCCCUCCUCUCUCGUUCCCCACCUCCUUCCUCUGCACGUUGCCCCCGUCCCACGCCUUCCCCCCCCCCUCCACCCCACUCGUGAUGAUCAUCAACACAGCAGCAUUCAUGCUCACGAAGGAGUAGCAUGGCAGGACGACGUGCUCUGCUGCCUGACGGACUACCGCCUGCUGCAUAUUCAUGAUUCAUCUCCCUUCCCCUCCCCCUAUCCCCCUUCCCGCUCCGCACUUACCCUUGUUCCCCCGCUCUCUCCCCAGGUGGUGUUCAUCAACGCAGCGGCGUUCAUCCGCGUUCGAGGGCAGGACGACAUGCUAGAUGACUCUCGCAUCCACCCAGCAGACUACCGCCUGGCGCUCAAGGUGGUGUUUAUCAAUGCAGCAGCAUCCAUCCGGGUGAGAGGGCAGGAUGACAUGUUGGACGAUUCCCGAAUCCACCCAGCAGACUACCGCCUGGCGCUCAAGGUCGUGUUCAUCAACGCAGCAGCAUCCAUCCGCGUUCGCGGGCAGGACGACAUGCUAGAUGACUCUCGCAUCCACCCAGCAGAUUACCGCCUCGCGCUCAAAGUGGCAACAGACGGCUACUGCGAGGCCCACCGCGGCAUGACGCCGCACAGCGUGGAGGAGAGAGGCAUAGAUGUGGUCCUCGAGGCUCGGGACAACCCGGACCUGAUCCGCAGGCUCGAUUUCGAGGACUACGCGGUGAUGCUGGCUCGGAAGGGGCAGGGCGGGCUGAAGGAGAAGCUGCUGCUGAUUCGCCGAGAGCUCAUGCACGGGUUUGCAGAGUGCCGCGUUCAGUUUGAGUCGCUGAACGCAGACGAGCAGUUCUGGUUGCUGAGUGGGGAGACGGAGGAGAGUGUUGCGGUGGGGAAGGUGGUGACUGCGACGGUGAAGCGGGUGCUGAAGUUCAAGGUGUUGUGUGCGUUGGAGAGCGGUGUGCUGGGGGAGGUGGACCGGAGGGACUUCAGUGAUGAUCCGAAUGUGGAGCUGAGGGAUGUGGUGACUGAGGGGCAGCCGCUCACAUGCCGCAUCAAGGAAGUCAAAACGGAGGAGGCCAAGGUGCGUGUGGGGGGGAGAAAAAGGGUGGGGAAAGGGGGGGGAUCAUCUCCCACCUCCCAUCAUCUUCCACCUCCCAUCAUCUCCCACCUCCCAUCAUCUCCCACCUCCCAUCAUCUCCCACCUCCCACCCGCCCCCUACCACCCGUGCAGGUGAUUCUGACGUGCAAGGGCAGCGAUCUGAGGAGCAGCGAGUGGAGGGAGAUGCGGCAGUGGGACCCGUACUACCAGCGCGCUGCCGUGGAGCAGGAGGAGCAGGCAGCGACCGAGGAGAGGAAGCGCAAGGAGGAGGAGAAGCGGAAGACCGCCUUCCGCCCCCGCAUGAUCACCUACCCGCUCUUCCACAACGUGUCGCUUGAAGGCGCCAAGAAGGUCCUGGCGGACAAGGAUGUGGGCAGUGUGGUGAUUCGGCCCAGCAGCCGCGGCCCCACGCAUCUGAGCAUCACCAUGAAGCUACCGGACGGCGCCUUCACGCAUGUGGAUGUGCACGAGGGUGGCAAGGACCGCACCAGCGCUACCAGCUUCCUGCGCCUUGGCCGCACUCUUACUAUCGGGGAUGAGUCCUAUGAGGAUCUGGAUGAGGGCGGCAAGGACCGCACCUCCGCCACCAGCUUCCUGCGCCUCGGCCGCACUCUUACUAUUGGGGAUGAGUCCUAUGAGGACCUGGACGAGGUGAUGGCGCGCUACAUCGAGCCGCUAGCAGCGCGCAUGCGGGACAUGGCUGCAUACCGCAAGUUCCGCCAGGGAUCCAAAGGCGACAUGGAUGCCCUAGUCCGCACGGACAAGGAGCGCGAGCCUGCGCGCAUCCCCUACUACCUCUCCCUCUCGCACGACCACCCCGGCGCCUUCAUGCUCACCUACAUCCGCUCCGCGUCUGUCUCCGGCCGCCCCGUGCACGAGUAUAUCACCGGGGAAGGGGAGGUCGGUGGGACCAGGCUGGGUCGGGUGGUUGGGGGCCUGCAGGAGGUGGGGGGGAUAAGAUUGGAUGGGGGGGAGGGGCGUGGAGUGGGGGGGGUGGGGGGGAGCAGGGAGGAGGGCAAGUGUGGCAGUCUGGAGACGGCGGUGGGAGUGGUUGGCAAAAUGCAGGUGGCUGGGGUGGUGAGGGAGGGGGAGGGGGAGGGGGGAGGGGGAGGGGGAGGAGGGGGAUGGGGAGCUGGGAGUGGUGGUGGGUCGGGAGGAGGGUGGGGAGCUGGAGGGGCUGAUAGGGGGGGUGGCGCAAGAACUCCACUCAGGGGAUGA